UCUUGCCCAACCCUUGGGACAGUUUAGAGAUUAAUCAGCAAAUCGUCAUCCAUUUUUGUAUAUAACCAAUGCUAAGUAAUUCUCCCAGCACCAGCCCACUCUCACACCAAACCAAAUGAAGAUUUUUGAGAUUUUUCUCGUUUAUCUUCAACUUGUGAUUUUCCUUUCUUCAAACCUCCAAUUCAUGCAUGUCCAUUCUUUAGCAAAUGAGACUGAUCAACUGGCUUUGCUCAAAUUCAAAGCAAGGAUAUCCAGUGAUCCAUAUCAAAUCUUCAACUCAUGGAAUCAUUCUCUCCCUUUUUGCCAAUGGUAUGGAAUUACUUGUAGUCGCCGUCACCAGAGAGUCACUUCAAUGGUGUUAAAAGGCCAGAAUUUGACUGGAUCCAUAUCUCCAUAUAUUGGCAAUUUGAGUUUUUUAAGAGUCCUAAACCUCCGAAACAACAUUUUCAAUGGUCAAAUUCCACAGGAAGUUGGUAAUUUGUUUCGAUUGCAAGCAUUCAAUCUCCAAAACAACGCAAUACAAGGUGAAAUUCCAGUCAAUUUGACUCGUUGUUCCCAUCUCUGGCUCAUCAACCUGCAAAACAAUUAUCUAACUGGAAAAAUCCCUGCAGAGCUUGGUUCUUUGGAAAUGCUUGAAGUGCUUCUGAUGUGCAUAAACAAUGUAAAUGGAAAAUUUCCAGCUUCCCUUGGCAAUCUUUCAUCGCUUGCUAUCCUUAGUGCAGCAUGGAUGGAGUUGGAGGGAAAUAUUCCACAUGAAUUUGGCCAAUUAACAGGCUUAGAAUUUUUUGCUGUUAUGGGCAAUAAACUAUCUGGUAUAUUUCCUUCAUCCUUUUUCAAUAUUUCGUCUCUUAAUGAAUUCUCAAUUGCGGAAAACAAGUUUAGGGGUAGCCUACCAAACAACAUAGGGAUUACUCUCCCAAAUCUCCAACGGAUUGGUAUUGGAGAUAAUUUGUUUUCUGGGUCAAUUCCAAAUUCCUUUUGCAAUGCAUCCCAACUGGAACUACUUGAUCUUUCCAUAAAUAAUUUUGAAGGACAAGUACCGAAUUGUCUGGGAAAUUUACAAAGUCUUUUUAGGCUAACCGUUUCCGAUAAUAAUCUAGGGUAUAAUUCCACAAAUGAUUUGGAUUUUUUAACAUCUUUGAAAAAUUGCAGCAAUCUGCAAGAAUUAGGUUUUGAUAUAAAUAAAUUUGGAGGUGUUUUGCCCAACUCUAUAGCCAAUCUGUCAGUUCAACUUGAGAAGCUAUAUUUUGGAAAUAAUCAAAUCAGAGGAACUAUUCCUGAAGCAUUAGAGAAUCUCAUCAACUUAAUUUUAUUGGCCAUGGAGGGAAAUCUUUUCACUGGAGUCAUCCCUUCUUGGGUGGGAAAAUUGAGAAAACUUCAAAAUUUGUUUUUGUAUGGAAAUAGAUUGUCAGGUCAGAUCCCAUCCUUUAUAGGCAAUCUCACUCAACUAUCUCUGCUUUCCAUUUCACGCAAUAAUUUGGAAGGAAAUAUUCCAGAAAGUAUAAGGAAUUGCCAGAGCUUGCAAAAAUUGGAUAUUUCAGGAAACAACCUCAAUGGAUCUAUACCAAAGGAGGUUUUCCAUCUUCGUUCCUUGUCUCUGUACUUAGACUUGUCAUAUAAUUCACUAACUGGUGUCCUGCCAGUAGACGUGGGAAAGCUAACAAAUAUAAAUGAGCUGGAUGUAUCAGGAAACAUGCUUUCCGGAGAAAUUCCUGGAACCAUUGGGUCUUGUUCAAGUUUGGAAUAUCUCUUUAUGCAAGAAAAUUCUUUCCAAGGAAUCAUUCCUUCAUCUCUGUCUUCCUUGAAGGGACUCCAGGGAUUAGAUCUUUCGCGGAACAAUCUCACUGGUGAAAUUCCAAAAGACCUGCAAAGUUUACAUUAUCUAUCAUAUUUAAAUCUUUCUUUUAAUGAUCUUAUGGGUGAGAUUCCAAUCAACGGAGUUUUCAGAAAUGCAAGUGCAAUUUCAUUGAUAGGUAAUAAUAAACUUUGUGGUGGUGUGCCAAAACUCCAUCAACCAAAAUGCCCGACGAAAGCAAUGAAGAAGGGAAAGUCCAUUGCUAUUAAGUUAGCAAUCAUAAUUCCUUGUGUGAUUUUUUGUGUCCUAUUGAUGUUAGCCUCCAUGCUUGCUUAUCGAAGGAAAGUAUCAAAAAAGAGUUCGUCUGAUGCACUCAAAGAACUGGAUCGCCUUGUAAAGGUGUCUUACAAGGAUCUUUAUGAUGCAACUAGUGGAUUCUCUGCUGACAACUUAAUUGGAUCCGGCAACUUUGGUUCUGUGUAUAAAGGAUUUCUCAAUCAAAUGGAAAGACCUGUGGCUAUUAAGGUGCUCAAACUUGGAACAAAGGGUGCUUCAAAAAGCUUCGUCGCCGAGUGCAAAGUGUUAAGGACAGUGAGGCAUCGGAAUCUAGUUAAGCUGUUUACGUAUUGCUCUAGCAUUGAUUAUAAGCAGAAUGACUUCAAAGCUCUAGUAUAUGAAUUCAUGGGUAAUGGAAGCUUGGAGAAGUGGUUGCAUCACGAUAUCCACAACAAUAAUCAGUCAAGACAUUUGAAUUUUUUUCAAAGACUGACUAUUGCAAUUGAUGUGGCAUCUGCACUGCAUUACGUCCAUGACCUUUGCGAAAUUCCAAUUAUUCAUUGUGACUUGAAGCCCAGUAAUGUUCUUCUUGAUGAUGAGAUGGUUGCACAUUUAAGUGAUUUUGGUUUGGCUAAACUCUUCUUGAACACCAAUGAUGCAUCUCAAACUCAAACCAGCUCAAUUGGAAUAAGAGGAACCAUUGGCUAUGCGCCUCCUGAGUAUGCAAUGGGUGGAACUGUAUCAAAAGAGGGAGAUGUAUAUAGUUAUGGGAUCCUUGUAUUGGAGAUGUUCUCAGGAAAAAGGCCAACAGAUAAAAUAUUUGGAGACCUUUUAAAUCUACACAACUUUGUGAAGGAUGCACUGCCAAAAAGACUUUCGCAGAUCACAUGCCCAACCCUUCUCUCAAGAGGAAUGGAAGAAACACCAACAAGAAAUGCUGAAACCGAAGAGCAAAUCGAAAUAUAUGCAGAAACAGAGCCCAGGAAUAAUGGGAACCUAAGCCAAACAAGUAUCAGUAAAGAGAAAGAUUGCUUGCUUUCAGUAUUCAAAGUUGGAGUAGCCUGUUCAGCAGAAUCACCCAAAGAUAGAAUGAGCAUGAGAGAUGUUGUUAAAGAACUGCAUUUGAUUAGAAGUAUUUUUCUUGGAGUUCGGAUCUAUGAAUAAAGAAAGUUUCAGGAGAACAACUUACUAAAGAAGUCAGAUGGCUAGCUACCAUGUUUCCUUUCUAAAGCCUUGCAGAGUUAAUAAAGUUCUACUUAUAUUUUUAGUUCUAUUUAUAUUUUUCUAAAGAUCUCUUGUUUGUUAACUUACAAGACGAAAGACUGUUGUCUUCUCUUUUAAGCAGAAAAGCAAUAUUAAUAUAGGUAUAUAGGUGUGCAUGUAUGGGCAAAAUGUAAGGAUUUGGUACCUGUGUAUUGUUUGUUCUAUUGUAUAUGCUUUUACUAAUGCCUUGAUAUGUGCCUUAGUUAUCAACAA